CGGGCGAGGAGAUGGGAAGGUACAAAACACAAGAAUUAGAGCGACAGGAGGAAACACCGUGGGUCUGGUUCAUUCACUUCGUCUUCUCUCAGUGAGUGAAGGGAGAAGAGAGCGAAUUGGAGCGGUUUGCCUGAUAUCGGAGAAUUCAUCGUUGCGAGUUCGUCUGCAUACGAUCAAUUCGACUUUUUAGAAAGCUUAAAAAAUCUGGUACCUCCUUCACUCACGGUGCAGUUAUCUGCAGAGGGAAAUGACAUUCAUAUAACGUCGCACGCUUUGCAAAGUAUUUUUGGACAGCAAGUUCAUUCUGAAGUUUGGCGCAGUACUUUGACCUCGGAAGAUUGUUUUAUGAAUCCAACAUCAAAUAUUUCAAUAGGAGGUCAAUUGGUCUCCUAGUCCUCGCAUAGUGCUCGUCACGGCAGCUCUUCGGGAUUCAAGCUCGCAAAGAGCUCCUUAUGCUAAAAUGUGAGCUUGCUGUAAAGUCGAGGGCAAUAAUAUGGAAACCGAAUCUCAGUAAUUGCUGCUCAUCAACACCCGUUCGAAUUCCAGCGUUGUACUUGUUGAAGUCUUCUAGCUCAGUCACCAAAUGCUCAUCAGUCAGAACAUGUAGUAAGUUGUGAACAGCAUAUCUAAACAUUCACAGGGUGUAGUUUCGAAAAUUCGCUCCUCGAUAAUGCAUGAGGUACAAUGUGAAUGUCGGUGAUAAGAGUAUCUUAAUCUGCCCCCCUGAAGUUCAAGUCAUGCAGUAAGAUACUGGUCCAAUCGCUUCGGAUGGACGGUGUUGUUCUGGACGAUGGUUUGCUACAAUCGAUUUUUCCGAAGAAAAAGCUGAAUGCCAUCUCCAUCAAGUUGAAUUCAGAUGACACUGAAGACGUCAAGUUCAGGAUCUCGGAAGAUCAUGAGCUUCCCCGUGACAUUGAAGAAUUUCUCUCAUGUCCUGAAGGCGGCAGUCACAUUGCAAGUCUUAUGCAAUUCAUGGAUUGCAGCAAACAACAGAACGGAGUGACUGGUAAACAUGAGAGUGGAAUCUGUAAUCCCAUGCUCUCUCGAGAAGUCAGCUGCAAUAAGCUUACUAUGGACGAUGAGUUUUUCGAGAAGUCCCAAGGCGACCGAAACUCUCAUUUGAAUCCUACUGCUCAGAAAUCUUCAGAUGACUCCGCAAAACCUUCACAAGCGCAAGAAGGGAAUCUUGGAAACCAACCUCCUUGCGAUGAUCAGGGCGCAGCUUUGGACAUGGACGGGACAUCAGCUGAUGAUUUAGUCCAUUUCAUUGAACAGAUUUAUUCAGAACAAGAAGACGGGGAUUCUGGGUCGACUGAAAUUAUAGCCUCUCAAAAUCAAGCAGCAAAUAGUGGACGUGGAACUCCCGCCGUGUCCGCAUUGGGUACAGAAGACGAGAAACAGGCCGUAGAAGUUGUUGGAACCGCUGGAGACGUAUUCGCACCCUCCUCUCAGGUGAAGAAAAGAAAGCAGAAGAAUCAAGCUUGUGGGGAUGUCAAAGGAGUGAGUAAGAAGUCAAAAACGUCAUCUUACAACAAAAAAGAAGCGAAUAAAAGCUACCGGCUGGCUCAUCGGAACGCCCACAUUGUCGCUGAAAGGCUGCGUCGAAAACAAAUGAAUGAACAUUUUUCUGCAUUGAAAGACAUUAUACCUUCUUCGUAUAUACCCAGGCUUGACCAAGCAACAAUUCUUGCUGCAGCUGUCAAUCUGGUGAGAGACUUGGAACACUUGGUGAAACGACUGCAAGAUCAAAAGAAUCAAGCAUCGCUUUCGGUCUCCCCCUGCAAUAGCAGCCUCGUCGCAGAAUCCCACUCUCACGAAAGCCCUAUAUCCACCAUUCAGAGCACGAGUGCAGAUGUCCCAUGGAUAGACGUGGAAAGCGGACUAUACGGUCAGCUGCAUGCCAAUUUGAAAUCAUCGGCUGGAGAAGUUGAGGUGCAGAUUACGCAAAAUGAUGUUUCUGUUACAAUUUACACCUUGAGGAAACGAAAAAAUCAGGUGAUUUUAUUACUGGAGGUCUUCCAGGAUCUUCAGCUCAUUCUAUCUCAUCUCAGUAUCUCCACAGAUGGAAACCAGGCACUUUACAAACUUCAAGCAGAGAUCUCAAUGAGAGUGAAUGCAAAGGUGAUAGCAAGUCGGAUACAUGAAUCACUGCUCAAUCUUCAAUUUGAGAACAUGGGUUAAAAUCUCCCUGGUGUUGAUACUAUUGUUGCAGAAUAUGGGUUUGAAUUUAUCUUUAAUGUAGUGCUGUACAUAUUUUAGACAUAUUUUCAAUUUAAUUUUUCAACAGUGUUUAACUUGCUUGGAUGAAUUCUCCAGUUUCACUUUGUUAUAAAAGUUAGAAAGUAGAUUAUUAGAGCUAUUGUUGUAAGUCUAGAAUUAUUCAGACUUAAUGAUGAUUUUCAUGAAACUAGC